CCGCGCGGCCGGUCGUAUUCCCAUGGCUUCCCGAUCCACCCCCGAUUUACAACAAAAAUUUAAUCGAUACUCAUUCAAUUAUAUUCAUAACGCGUUAAUCGGGUAGUUGUUGUGCCAAAUACUGCCGAUUCCCAACGAAGACUGUGAUUCGUGUUUGUGUUAUACAGCCUCAUGAUAUUUACCAAGCGACCACACGUAGCGUAAACAGAAUGAAACGAGUGAAAGCGUUUGUACUGGUAUUUCUCUUCGGACACCUUUCAGCACUGCCUGAUACGAUACGAAUAGGGGGCCUUUUCCACCCCGAGGACGACAAACAGGAGGUGGCGUUUCGCUACGCGGUGGAGAGGGUUAACGCGGACCGCGCGAUACUGCCGCGGGCGAAACUGUUGGCGCAGGUCGAGACGAUAUCCCCGCAGGACAGCUUCCAUGCUUCUAAAAGAGUAUGUCACCUGUUACGGAGCGGCGUGGCGGCCAUCUUUGGUCCUCAGUCGGCGCCGGCGGCAGCCCACGUCCAGUCCAUAUGUGACACCAUGGAGCUGCCCCACCUGGAGACGAGAUGGGACUACCGGACCAGACGGGAGUCGUGUCUCGUGAACCUGUACCCACAUCCGGCUGCGUUGAGUCGGGCGUACGUGGAUCUGGUGCGGGCUUGGGGCUGGAAGUCGUUCACGAUCGUGUACGAGAACAGCGAUGGUUUGGUGCGGCUUCAGGAGCUGCUGAAGGCUCACGGCCCAUCUGAACUGCCGGUGGCGGUGCGACAGCUGCCGGACUCGCACGACUAUAGGCCGCUGCUGAAACAGAUCAAGAACUCGGCGGAGUCCCACAUCGUGCUGGACUGCGCGACGGAGCGGAUCCGGGACGUCCUGCAGCAGGCUCAGCAGAUAGGCAUGAUGUCGGACUACCACAGCUACCUCAUUACAUCGUUGGAUUUGCACAGCGUCGACUUGGAGGAAUUCAAAUAUGGCGGCACGAACAUAACGGCAUUGAGGCUGCUGGAUCCUGAAAGGGCCGAGGUACAGAGGGUCGUCCGGGAUUGGGUCUACGAUGAGGCCAGAAAAGGACGGAAGCUGCAACUAGGCCAUACCUCAGCAAAGGAAAACAUGACGUUUAUAAAGACGGAGACAGCGCUAAUGUACGACGCGGUACACCUGUUCGCGAAGGCUCUACACGACCUGGACACGUCGCAACAAAUUGACGUCCGACCCUUGUCGUGCGAGGCCGAAGACACCUGGCCCCAUGGGUAUAGCCUCAUCAACUACAUGAAAAUCGUUGAGAUGAAGGGUCUGACGGGGGUGAUCAAGUUCGACCACCAGGGGUUCAGAAGUGACUUCACCUUGGACAUUAUUGAGCUGACACGAGACGGGCUGCAGAAAGCCGGCAUCUGGAACUCCUCUGAAGGCGUCAACUACACGAGGUCCUACGGUGACAACCAGAAACAGAUUGUGGAGAUCCUGCAGAACAAAACGCUUGUGGUUACGACUAUUCUUAGCGCGCCUUACUGCAUGAGAAAGGAGGCGAGCGAGAAGCUAACAGGGAACGCGCAGUACGAGGGCUACGCUAUCGACCUGAUCCAUCAGAUCUCCAACGUCCUGGGCUUCAACUAUACCUUCAAGCUGGCCCCAGACGGCCGGUACGGGUCCUACAAUAGAGAGACGAGAGAGUGGGACGGCAUGAUACGAGAACUGCUGGAACAGAGGGCAGAUAUCGCAAUAGCUGAUCUCACUAUUACUUAUGACAGGGAGCAAGUAGUGGACUUCACGAUGCCUUUCAUGAACCUGGGCAUCUCGGUGCUGUAUCGGAAACCGAUAAAGCAGCCGCCGAACCUAUUCUCAUUCCUGUCACCUCUGUCGCUCGAUGUAUGGAUCUACAUGGCCACGGCAUACUUGGGUGUCUCCGUUCUACUAUUUAUACUGGCCAGGUUUACUCCUUACGAAUGGCACCAAACACAUACGCCGGACGGUGAAAAGAUGGAAAACAUAUUUUCUCUCGCUAACUGCUUAUGGUUUGCGAUCGGAUCACUAAUGCAGCAAAGCUGUGAUUUCUUACCCAAGUUCAGCCCCUACGAGUGGGACAGCUCCCGGAACUGUCUAGAAGAGCCGCCGGUUCUGGAGAAUCAUUUCACACUGUUGAACUCGCUGUGGUUCACUAUCGGAUCCUUGAUGCAGCAAGGUUCGGAUAUCGCACCAAAAGCUGUGUCGACGCGUAUGGUCGCUGGGAUGUGGUGGUUUUUCACUUUGAUAAUGAUUUCGUCGUACACCGCCAACUUGGCCGCUUUCCUCACUGUGGAGAGAAUGGACUCGCCUAUAGAGAGCGCGGAGGACUUGGCUAAACAAACCAAGAUAAAGUACGGCGCGCUCAAAGGAGGUUCCACGGCUGCGUUCUUUAGGGAUUCAAACUUCUCGACAUAUCAGCGCAUGUGGUCGUUCAUGGAGUCAGCCAGGCCGUCUGUGUUUACCAGCAGCAACAAAGAAGGAGAAGAGAGGGUGAUGAGAGGAAAAGGGAGCUAUGCGUACCUGAUGGAAUCCACCACGAUAGAGUAUGUCGUCGAGCGGAACUGUGACCUCACACAGGUCGGAGGGAUGCUCGACUCCAAGGGAUACGGAAUCGCUAUGCCACCAAACUCGCCAUACCGAACCGCUAUAAGUGGGGCCGUGUUGAAGCUCCAAGAGGAGGGGAAACUACACAUAUUGAAGACCAGGUGGUGGAAAGAGAAGCGCGGCGGGGGCUCGUGCAGGGACGAGACGUCAAAGUCGUCGUCGACAGCGAACGAGUUGGGUCUGGCGAACGUGGGUGGGGUAUUCGUGGUCCUGAUGGGGGGAAUGGGGGUGGCGUGCGUCAUCGCCGUGUGCGAAUUUGUAUGGAAGUCCCGCAAAGUAGCUGUCGACGAACGGAAGGAGGAGGCAUCUCUCUGCUCGGAAAUGGCGUCUGAGCUCCGUUCUGCACUGAAGUGCCCCAGCGGUGCCAGUGCGGGGACAGGAGGCGGACGGGAGGGGGCGGACUCCCCCUACCUCCACUACGGCUUCAGCACCAAGAGCCAGCUCCACUAGCGCCCGAGCGACGCCUCCUCGCCCAGCGAUGUGUAGGCUGAUGAUGGACUGGACUAGAUGUAAAUAAACCAUAUCUUCGGUAACAAUAAUGUUGUGACGUAAGUUAUUCCAAGCAUAGUGUACACUGUUCACGAAAGGAAGUGUUUCUCCUUGAAAGUUUAAAAUUGGAGCAUGCUAUCUGCAGUUUUGUGGUUUUUCUGCUGAUUUCAUUGUUAAUUUUUAGAUAUUCAAUAAAAUUUGAUAUUCCAGUAUUAUUUAAAUGUGUAGAAAUUAGUACAUUUUUAGUGUUCCCAAUAUUGUGUUCUUAUAGCUUUUAUAUAUUCUAUCAUACAUUAAUUGUUCAACUUUUGUCAAAGGUUAAUUAUUGUAUCAAUUUCUCAUCACGUCUAGGUUAUCAUUUAUUACGAUUUCAUUAAAUAAAACAUGUUACAUUGCUUUGCAGUUGAAAAAUCUAGAUAACGCUAGCAAAAAGUACAAAAUCCAACAUUGCAUAAAAAUAAAAAUCCUUUUUAUCAACGUUUAUACGAAACAAUAAAUCCAAAAUGUUGGCUGUAACACGUAGAAAUAGUUUAAAUUGGUGCUCAAUACAAUCUAGGCGGGCGAGUAAAUAUUUUACCGAAUAACUCAUUUAGUAUUCUGAAGAGACGCCUCGAGGAAAUAGCAACGAGGAGUCUUACGAAUCUAUAACACGCAUCCGUUCCUUUUUAUUAUGUAUUUUUUAUUUUUUCAUAAAAAUAAUAUUAAAAUAGACCGGCUAAUAUCUUCCUUAGCAAUUAAUGAGAAAUAAAACACUUUAGUAUUUUUGCUCAUAAAUAAUUUAUUUUGCUCAUGAAUUAUGUGUACUCGGCCUAAUUUCGUACGUAGCAGAUAUUUUGUUGUUAUACCUCAUAGUUUGUUAAAUAUUAUAGCCAAUUCCUUGAUACUUUUUGUAAAUAUGACAUUCCAUUAUUAUAGGCCAAUAUUUCCAAGUUAUUGUUAGAAAAACUUAAAAUUAAGAAUCUGCCAAAUGUCAGUGUGCCAAUUUUGGUACGACUUACGUGUAAAUAUUACAAUUACCAAGUUUACUAAAUCGUUUACAUAAUUUCCGAAUAGUAUUUACCCUAGUGUUUUAUAUAAACGUAUGAUUGACUUAUUACAUCGAUAAUAAUUAAUUAUUGUAAAUAAUACUGAAUGUAGGGACAGCCCAAAAAAGUA